AUGUCGGGUCAUGUCGUUUAUUCCUGCGCCUGCCUAAAUGUCCGUCUACACCUCGCAAACAACUACUAUUCAGAUCGUCACGAUGCUCACCGGGCAGCAGCAUUCAUUCGUCUAAGCGAUCCUCAUUUGGAAGGCUGGCAAUUUGAGCUCGGCAUGGGUGGUGUACAAUCUGAAUACAACACGCUCAUUCGAACAAGAGCUCGUGAUGACAACUGGAUGACGGUGUCUUGCUUGAAUUGCACUACUGGUGACGUUUAUUCCAUACAACGACCCACCAAGCCCACUAUAGUCUAUCCUGUGGAUGCUCAAGACCUUUAUCGACAAGGCGAUCGUGUGAUUAUUCACAGGGAAACAAUUUAUGGUGAAGACAUUGACAAGCUUAAGCAACAUACCAAUUAUUCCAGCAACUUUGGUAUUGUGUUAUACACUGAUGCAACAGAAAUCUCGGCUGAUGAUGAAGCAAGUGUACCAGGCGAGCUAUAUUCUCAGCAUACUCAACUCAGCCAACAAUUGGAACGAUCGCUGAAUCAGAUGAAAUCAGAAACCGACGCACGCAUUGAACGCUAUCGGCAGGAACAAUUGGCUGCACUCGAACGUGCCUCUGCAAAGGCAAAAUACGAUCGACAACUUUUAUGGCACAAAAUGUUGGAGGUAUCAAGGACGGUGCAUGAGCAAGAACAACAACAAAAAGGACACGAUCAGGAUACUUCCGAAUCUUUAUCAAGGAGUUUUGUUCGAUUUGAAGCACAUGAUGGAAUGCGACAACAGCAACAACAACCCUCAUCGUCAUCUAUGGGGAUUUCAGCAUCACCAGCUCGUUCGGGUAGCCGUUCAUUUGUGAAACCAUCAUCACUUCGUGCAUCCAGCUUUGCUCUAGACGAACAUCAUAUUUCAUCCAGCCUUCGAGAUAAACAAUUUCAUCCCGUUUCACAAGAUGAUGAAGAUCAACCACUUUCUUCAGAUGAGGAUAGCGAAGGAAUGUUCGAAUUGGAUGAGGAUAUGGUAUCCGAGGAAAAGCAAGGAGAUGAAAAGGGCAAAGGCAAAUCAACACCCACAUGGAGCAAACGAAGAUCCAGUACCAAGUACAUCCCAGGAUUUGAAGUGGAGGAAAACAUACAUAUCGAACAAGAGGAUGAUCAAGAUCCAUUAUCGACAUCUGUUUCUGCCUAUGCUACAUCAGUACCUAUUGCUAUCAGCUAUGAGCAACAUACACCCAAAUUUACCCAAGGAUCAUUCAAUGAGAACGCCGUCAACCCUGCUGAUCAAGAUCCUACAAACGUAAGAAGCAGUGUACAGAAAAAUACCCGCCUCGAUCAACAACAACAACAACAACAAGCAAAGAGCCUUGUCAGCUUUGAUCGAUUUUCCCUUGCUGAUCAGGAAGCAUCCCUGCUAUUCCCACCACAUCAACAACGUCGCAAGUCAAUCGCUGUUACCCGUACCACCCAUCGUCCUCAGCUGGAUGGACUCGUGGGUCAAUCUCUGGAUACUCGAAGCAGUCGACGCAUGUCUUUAUUAAGGCAGGAUGGAUCACCUACCCAUAGUGCAUCAGAUGAUGAGGAUGACAAAGGACCCAUGAUUCCACCUCAUGUGUUGGCUGCCAAUACUUAUAAUGAUGAAACGGAAGAACUCUUUGGUGCAGUGCCUCGAAGCGGUACUUGGCGAAAAACCUUUGAGUAA